UGCAACGUUACGCACGGGAAUUCUUUGCGCUACGAGUGUUUUUUUGCGUUUUUCUCCUCUGCUGUGACUCGGGAUGGAGACCACUACCAUCACAACUACAGAGAUGGCACCGGGUGUGUGUUCAUUCGGACUCGAGAGGCGUGCCACAAUCACCUUGCACGCUCCGGCGCAAGAGUGCGCUCUGCCCAAUGUGGCAGCAUACCAAAGCAAGACGAAGGUGCUGAAAAGACAGCGCUCGAGCUCGCCCGAGCUGUUGCGCUGCAAGCGGAGACUCAGCUUCAACGGGCUUGGCUACACUAUCCCUCAGCAGCAGCCCGUGGCGGUGGCCAGACGCAACGAGCGCGAGCGGAACCGUGUCAAGCAGGUCAACAUGGGUUUCCAGACUCUGCGCCAGCACGUGCCGAACGGGGCGGCCAACAAGAAGAUGAGCAAAGUGGAGACUCUGCGCUCCGCCGUGGAGUACAUCCGUGCGCUCCAGCAGCUCCUGGACGAGCAUGACGCGGUAUCGGCGGCGUUCCAGUGUGGGCUGCCUUCGCCCACUAUCUCCCAAACCUACUCUGCUGACCCAGAGUCCCCUCAGUCAACGUACUCUUCCGACGAAGGAAGCUACGAGCACCUUAGUUCAGAGGAUCAGGAACUCCUGGAUUUCACCACAUGGUUCGACAGAUACUGACGACUUUUGGUCAGUAGGCCUAUGUGAAAAAUGACAAAGUUCAUCCACUGUGGCAACGCAAGCGUGAUGAUCUCCCUCCUCUAGACUUGUACUCUCGACGAAGUGAGAGGAAACAGCAACCAGAGAAGGUUACGCACCGUCACCUACACACGUCGCGGAUUUUUACCAUAGUGCCCUUGCAUGCAACUUCCAGAGGAGAGAGAGUUUGUGCUCGCUCUGACAGGAGUGCUUGGGUGGCUGUAGGGUCCAAGACUUCAAGUCUUGAUUUCCGCGACAUCAAUUUGAUAAGUGCAAUUGAGUAACGCAGUUGGCAAUAAACUGGCACGAGCACAG